AUGGCGGACGAUUUUGAGAGGCUACUGCAGAGUGUGGUGGCAGAGGAGGCUGCUCAGGCAAACGGGGCCACGACGUCCCAGGGCGUCUACCUUGAUCCCAACGCGCAGCAGAAUGCGUGGUUCUCCGCUCCGGGGGUCGGCGCACAGCAGCAGCAAAUGCCGGUCGCCGACGGCUCUUCCGGCGGAGCGCCGCCGCACACCGACGGCAACACCAGAGGAUCGGCUGGCACCGCCGCGACCAGAGGGCGCGGACGCGGGCGCGGACGCGCCCGCAGCCGCUCGCGGGGCAAAGCCGCCGACGCCGGCGACAGCUCGGCGUCCAGCGGCGACGAGGCCGGCGGCAAGGGGUCCCGCAAGCGCACCGAGCGGGCACGCAUCGCCAACCGCGAGGCGCAGGCGCGGUACCAGCGCCGCCGGAAGGAGAAAUUCGCCGAGCUCGAGGGCGCCGUCCAGGAGCUGACGGGGCGGCUGAAGCAGCUGGAGGCGCUGGAGUCGGAGAUGGAGCGCGUGCAGGGCGAGCGGCGGGAGCUUGAAAUGCUUGUGCGCGUCAAGGAGGCGCGGGUGGAUCGGCUGAAGAUGGAGAAGAACAUCGAGCACGCCAUGUGGCUCGGGCGCAUGCCGCAGUCGCUGCAGCAGGUCAUGGAGCAGCUGCAUCUGGACCUCCUGCGCGUCCCGGGGGGCCUGCAGGCCGCGAUGCGGGUGGUCGCGGAGGCGGCGCCGGGCGCGGAGUCCGCUGCGCUCGCGACGCACCCCGAGGAGGGCAACACCCCCGGGAGCCUGUCCGAGGAGCCCGAUCUGCCGUGGGUGGCGGGGGGCAAGGGCGACGGGGGCUACGGGCACGGCGCGCGCGUGGCGGCGGCGUCGUCGGGCGGCGCGGGGCCCAGCACGGACGGCAGCGUCCCGGCGCACGCCGAGGCCGGGUCGCCCAGCGCGCUGCCCGUGUGGACGCAGCUCGGUCUGGCGCCGCCCGACCCCAUGUUUUUCGGGGCGUACGAGACGCCGGAGACGGGCCCGAUCCCCGCGAGCCUCGCGGCGCGGUUCAAGCGGCUGGUGGCGCUCCAGAAGUUCGAGUUCGAGGCGUUCUGGGCGCGCGAGAGGCUCGACGGCGCGACCGCGCCCGGCGACACGCUGCCGCCCGCGCUGCUGGAGGAGAUCGAGCGGCGGAUGAAGGGGAUCGUGCUGGUGGCGAUGAUGACGACGAAGACGAGCGUCGUCCCGCGCGUGGUGGCGCGGGAGCACCUGCUGGACCUCCGGGAGGUGUUUCCAGAGGAGUACUCCCGGCAGUCCCCCCGGUCGGCGUGGCGCGACGUGAUCCAGACGAUCAACCUGAGCGGGUGCCAGGUCAAGGCGGUCCGCCUGGGCCUCGAGGCGUACCGCGAGCGCAAGGGCCGCCUCGCGAAAGCGCGGCAAGACAAGAGCAUGCAACUCAUCCGCACGCUGGUCGCGCCGCCGCCGGGGGGCGCGGGGGACGCGUUCGUGGACAAGGAGAAGUGGUCCGGCGAGCUGCAGCUGCUGCUGAAGAGCCUCCAGGCCCUCGACUUGGAGGGUCUGCAGCCGCUGUCGGACCUGGCGCUGCUGAUUUAUACCGAGGUGCUAAAGCCGUUCCAGGCCGCGCUGGUGGUGCACAUGGCGAGCCCGCAGUUCCACGACGUCGUCGGGUUCGCCAGCGCGAUCGUCGCCGUCCGCGGCCACACGGAAUGCGACCCCCUCGCGCCUUCCUGA